CAUAAAGGUGUUAAAAUUGUACAAGAGUAUUGAUACACGAUGUACACUUUUUUAAUCAAUAUGUCUUUAUUUUGGACAGUUUUUCUCUCAAGUUUGUAAUUGUUAUCAUUAUCAUUAUGUAGCACUAGAAGUAACUAUAGAAACAGCAGCAGUAGUAAUGACAUGCGCAGAUACUGCUUUUUCCGCGUAGGGGUCACGCGCACAUUCAAAGUAGCACUUUUUGCUAGUUAUCUGGGAAAUAUUUGUCCUUUACAAAGACCGAGUUUGUUUAAGUAACCUGUAAAAAAUGAAACCAUCAGUUGUACAAACGAAUUUGUAAAUAUUUGUCCAUCAUCGUGCCCUGGGGAGAUUUUAAAAUGUAUCAUGACAGCACAGAGGAGAUAACUGGCGGUGACUCAGAAUGUGAACAAACCCGGAGAGUGUUCUCGGCGGACAGAAGACGGUUGAAUGACACCACCACUUCAUAUGGUCCUGCAUCAUCUUCCACAGUUUUAUCUCAGCUAAGUUCAAAUGAAAGCAGCUCCGGCCAUGGUACCGUACUACCGCUUAUAGCCCCAGUGGGUCAGUACCAGAGCAGUUUGAGGAUAGGAAGAACAGCUUCAUCGCUACUGGUGUCUACCUCAGACAGCUCUUCCUUUCACAGCCAUGGAGGAACACCAAGACUCAGAAGGACACCUGGGUCUGCAGGGCCCGCAGAUCGAUCACUUUUUGUAGGUGCAAGUUGCUCAUCUACAUCCACAAUCUCUGGGCGCUCCGUGAUUGUAGCAGUGGUUGAAGGGCGUGGUUUGGCCAGGGGAGAGAUUGGCAUGGCCAGUCUGGACUUGAAAUGUCCAGAGCUUGUACUUUCUCAGUUUGCAGACACAGGGACAUAUGCCAAGGUUAUAACCAAGAUUCACAUCUUGGUGCCAGUGGAAAUACUGAUGCCAGACACAGCAAGUGAGAAGGGGAAAGGGACAAAGCUGUUCAAGCUCAUCACUGAGAAUUUUCCGGGUGUAGCUUUCACUGCAAUCCAAAGAAAGUAUUUUAAUGAGAGAAAAGGACUGGAGUACAUUCAGCAGCUGUGUGCUCCAGAAUUUGGAACUGUCCUAAUGGAAGUACAAGCAAAGUAUUAUUGCCUAGCAGCUGCAGCUGCUUUGCUGAAAUACUUUGAGUUCCUCCAAAGCUCUGUUUAUGCUGCCAAGUCUCUUAAAGUGAGCUUUAAAGGAAGUGAACAGACUGCCAUGAUUGACUCAGCAUCUGCUUCUAACUUGGAGCUGGUGGUUAAUAAUAGAGACCACAGGAGUGAGCAUAGUCUUUUAGGGGUACUCAACCACACAAAAACACCUGGUGGUGCCAGAAGGUUGCGCUCCAAUAUUUUGGAGCCUCUGGUUGAUGUGGAUACCAUCAACAUGCGUUUGGACUCCAUACAGGAGCUGCUGCAAGAUGAAGAGUUGUUUUUUGGCCUAAAGAAUGCCAUUGGUCAUUUCCUCGACAUCGACCGGCUGCUCUCUGUUCUCGUCCAAAUCCCAAAGCAGGAAACAGUUCAAGCUGCCGAAGCUAAGAUUACUCAUGUCAUUCAGUUGAAACACACUCUGGAUCUGGUACCACAGCUUAGGGUCUGUGAAUUUCUGUAUUCCCAAUCACCCAACAGCUGUAGAUGCAAGGAAAAAUAUGACUCAUUUAAACUGCACACUGAUUGUUGCAUUAUAUUUUAUGAACAGAUGGUGUUGAAGAACUGCAGCACAUCUCUGCUUAAGGCAUACAGUACCACAUUGGAGGACAGCAGAUUUGACACCAUCCUAGAGCAGAUCAAGACAGUGAUCAAUUAUGACACCACAUACUCGAAAGGGAGUCUGAACAUGCGUACCCAGAAAUGUUAUGCAGUGCGCCCUAACAUCAACGAGUUCCUCGACAUCGCCCGCAGAGCUUACACUGAGAUAGUGGACGACAUUGCAGGACUUGUGAACCAGCUGGGGGAGAAGUAUGGCUUACCAAUGCGCACUAGCUUCAGCACAGCCAGAGGUUUCUUUGUCCAGAUGAAGCUAGAAGGAGUGGUCUUACCUGAGGGAAAACUAGCCCCAGAGUUUAUCAAGGUAACCAAGCAGAAGAACAACUAUGCCUUUACCACUGCUGACCUGAUGAAGAUGAAUGGACGCUGUGAUGAAGCCCUGAGGGAGAUCUUUCAUAUUUCUUAUGUGGUGAUACACCAACUUCUUACCACCAUCUGUGAGCACAUCCACUGCCUUUAUAAACUCUCUGAUGCUGUUUCCAUGUUGGACAUGCUGUUGUCACUGGCUAAUGCGUGCACUAUCUCAGACUAUGUGCGUCCUGAGUUUACAGACACGCUGGCCAUCAAGCAAGGCCGUCACCCCAUUCUGGAGCGACUGGCUCGACAGCAGCCUGUAUCAAACAAUAGCUUCAUCUCUGAGGGCAGCAACUUUGUCAUCAUAACAGGUCCCAACAUGAGUGGCAAAUCCACUUACCUCAAACAGGUGGCGCUAUGUCAGAUCAUGGCCCAGAUAGGCUCCUUUGUCCCUGCUGAGUAUGCCUCAUUUCGUGUUGCUGAUCAGAUUUUCACCAGAAUUGGUGUAGAUGAUGAUUUUGAAACUAAUUCUUCCACCUUCAUGUUGGAAAUGAAAGAAAUCUCAUACAUAAUCCAUAAUGCAAGUGAUAGGUCAUUGAUCAUCAUAGAUGAAUUGGGACGUGGUACAAGUGCUGAAGAAGGCAUUGGCAUCUGUCACUCAGUUUGUGAGUUCCUCCUUAGCCUGAAGGCGUUCACUCUGUUUGCUACACACUUUCUUGAGUUAUGUCAGCUGGAGUCUCUCUAUCCAAAUGUGGAGAACCAGCACAUGGAGGUUCAGCAGACGCGCAGUAGUGAGACUGGUGCAGAGCGAGUGGUGUACACGUAUUUGCUGAGUCGAGGAUGCUCUGAAGAAAAGCACUAUGGUUUGAGAGCCGCUGAAAUGACUGCACUUCCUCCAGUUGUUUUCCAAGAGGCAAAGACAAUUGCCUCCAAAGUCAGUCAGCAGCUUCUGGCCAGACAUCACACUGACCCAGGAACUCAGAGAGAGAGAGCCGUGUACCAGCUGGCCACUCGACUAUUGCAGACAGCCAGAAACUCUAGACUGGAUCCUGAAAGUCUGCGGAUGUAUCUGAAGGGCCUGAAAAAACAGUAUGCGGCUGUGUUGCAGGCUGCAGGGUCCCCAGGGGUCAUUGGCACAGAAGAGGAAUGACUCACUUAGCUCUUCUUUAAGGAGAUCAACUUGGAAAAAUGAAAGAUUGUUUUCUCUUGUCAUAGUUGAUAUUAAAUUAAUUCAUUUGAA